AGAAGUGGGUGCAGAGACCAGCCUGUAUCACUUCACCUAAUUAAGCUCAGAGGUCAAGAUACUAAGUUGAGAGAAAUCUUAAAGAGGGUCUUUACAGUUUGGAGUUUUGUGUCCAGUUGUGACCAUCUGAGAGAGCUUCCUACUCCAGGCCUGUUUAUUUGCUUUACAAAGAAUCCUGGCUGUCCAACAGGGGGCAGUGUGACAUUUGACCAAUUUCUCAAAAUCGAGACUCAUCAGACCAGGCAACAUUCUUCCAGUCUUCAACUGUCCAAUUUUGCUCCGGAGGUCCCCUUGGGUCCUCGCUGUGUGUCGUCUAUUAAGAUAACCCCUCUGACAAGCAUGAAAGGCUCUCCCGACCUGAUUCCGAACACAGAGCUGGACCCUACAAGGGUGUGCAAAGGGAAGGGGGUCGUGACCCUUAGGGCAACUCUGGUCCACAUCGACGACGAGGACUGUGUCAGCGAUGAAUCCAAUGUCGACACUGCACCUUGUGGUUGGAUCAGUCAGAUCAAUGGAGACUGUUCUGAAACGGGAUUGGCCGAGGGAGGCUUCCACGACAACACAGCUGAUUUAUCAACAGUCAGUAGAACUCAACAUCAGAAAAGUUCAACUGUGAAUCUAGACAAAAGACACAUUCCCAUGUCCACGGACAUUCAUAUCUCAUCGACAAAUGUGUACUCAUCCACGACCAACACUGUCAACCCAACCAUAGUUCGGCUACAGCACAAUCAAGGUCACACCCCAGAGAAAGACAAGGCACCUGAUCUAGGAAGAGUAGUUGGGACAGAGAGAGAACCGAGUCAACACCCAGAAAUGGAUGGCAAGAGGAUGAGGUUCUCACAGUCUUCUUUACUGGGCCCACUGAACCAGCCCAUAGUGCCAGUACGGAACACAGAGAAGUCCAAGGACUGGUACAAGAGCAUGUUCAAACAGAUUCACCGACUUCCAGAACCUGUUGAGGAAAACCCAUACCGUCCCACCUACAUAUUCCCAGAAUCCUAUGUUCCUAAGCAGAUGAAAACCACAGAUGACUCACACUCCCCAUAUGGUUAUGUGGAAGAUGUGAAAGGGGUUCCACGGUCAAGAAGUGCAACUGAAGUUGACCAUAGAUUGUCAAUGCCUGUGCCAACGCGCUCCUCUUCCCUCAAACCUGCCAAAAGGAACCAGUGGGAUCCCCCCGACAGAAAGGUAGACACCAGGAAGUACCGAGCUGAGCCCAAAAGCAUCUUCGAGUACGAGCCUGGAAAAUCGUCGGUUCUGAAACUGGAGAGAAAGACUCAGGACAUAAGUCCAGAAGAUGUAGAUUUAGAGAAUGAGCCUUGGUAUAGAUUCUUUUCAGAGAUGGAGUUUGAUAAAGCGAGUGCCCCCUCUUUCAGCCCACUGGAAACACCCUCAGACCUCCAGCUGUACUCUGGGUGUAAGGCCGGACCAAUCGAGGUGGAGAAGGACGAAGGAUCGUCCGGCAGUGAGCCAGCGGCUCCAGAAUGCGACCGCCUUGUUUACAAAAGCGUCCUGGAGGGCGGCGACAUUCCACUGCAGGGCCUACGGGCACUCAACAAGCGCCAUGCCAGCACCUCUUCUAAAGUGGAUAAUCAAGGUGGGAAUGGCUAUAUAAUUUCACUCUGCUCUUCUGUAAAUAGUCAAUCGGCUCUUGCCAGUAAUGCCCUAGGUUUCCAGUGUACGAAUAAGAAGUCUUUAUCUGCUGCCAAAGCCUGCAUACCUCAAAUCCUACCGUCAAAGUUCAAACCUAAGCAAGCGCCCCCUAGUGGCGACAGCCAAGAAAGGAAAACUGUGUCUUCUGGUUGCCCCAAGGCACAUAGCUGUGAGGACAUAUACAGAUGUGGAGCAGGGACCAGAGUGAACUCAAACAAUUACUCUGAAACUGAUUUUAACAAUGGCAGCCCUGCUACUAGAAGGAGCACAUCCGAGUUCUCCAGCCUCUACCGGAACAUGCACAGCAUUCAGAGACCAGCCUGUUCUGUGGGGUCCAGCCCCCGUGGGAGUGUCCGUAGCCUGACUUCCCUGUUCGAGAAGGUGGUCGACGACGACCCUGAUGGAGAGGCUGGUGGCAAUGCCCCAGGUCGGGACGCCGUGUCUUCGCGUGUGUCAGAGUUCGAACUGAUCAUCCAGCGCUCCAGCCCGGCUCCCACACGUUCCUCCUCCAUGCCAGUGCUUCCGAGCGGACCCAGCCACUGCCCCAGCCCCUCCAACCUCUUCAUGGCAUCGGCUGUCUCAGCUGAGUCACUGCUGGUCACUGAUCCCGGAACACGCAGGCAGACAGGUGGCUGCCCUCCGGAGGACAUGGAGGGCAAGGCGGCCCAGGAUGAGGCAUCUAUGUCAAGCAGCAAGAUUGUAGAGGUGGUGGCGUCCCCAGUGUACGGCGUUACACUGAGAGCUGAAUCGCUAUCUGGGACAGAGGCAGAGGUUGAGCAACAGGGCUCUGCUGACAAAUCCCCAGUACCUUUAGAAGAAGCCCUUGUACCUUCAAAGAAACCCCCAGAGGUUCUUAUCACUGGAAUCUCAAACAAUCCACUGGAACUAGUCACACCCGUCCGUCCCACACACAGCCAACAUCAACACCUCCUCCACAACCACAACCACCUUAAACCCAGCACCAAGUGCAAAGGGUCCUGCCCUGCCUCCUACACCCGCUUCACGACAAUUCGGCGCCAUGAGAGGCAGCAGCAGGCCACAGCCCAGCAGGAAAACCUGUCUACUCAGGAGAAGAUAAAGAACUCCUCCCCCCUCGCCAUAAACUCCUUCCUCAUGGGCCCAGCGCCAUUCAGGAUGAGGAGGUCUCACCAGGCCAAAAAGACACUCUCUGCCACAAAGGCGUUGGCAGGUCAAAGGUCUCAGACCUACGAGAUGAGGCCCCUCAUCCCUCAACGUCUCUCUUCCUUCGAGGCGCUGGAGAGGCUGGGCAACGGGGAGGGGGCUCCGUCCGACGGUGACAACUGCCUGACUAAUGCGGGAAGCUUGGACGCAAAUGGGAAUCUUCUGCGGCCGCUGGCAGCUUACCGCAGAGAUUCCGACUCUUUGAUCCAAGGAGACCUCGGCGACGGCCAGGAUGAGGUGGUCAGGAGACGCCAUGGAGACAAAGAGAAAAUCUUGGAAGAGCAGCGGCGGUUGAAGAGGGAACAGGAGGAGGCUGACACAGCAUCGAGACGACACACGGGAAUUGUUCCCACCCACCAUCAGUUCAUUACUAACGAACGUUUCGGAGACCUGCUCAACAUCAAUGACGCAGACAAGAGAAAAUCUGGAUCAGAGCGAACUCCAGCCCUGGCUCGAUUUGACUUCCGAGCGGAGACUCUGAAGGAGUUACCAUUUCAAAAGGGAGACAUUGUGUACAUAAUUCGACAAGUGGAUAACAAUUGGUUUGAAGGGGAGCAUCACGGAAGAGUCGGUAUCUUCCCAAGAAGUUAUGUUGAGCUCCUUCCCCCCACAGAGAAAGCCCAGCCAAAGAAGAGUGCCCCGGUGCAGGUGCUGGAGUACGGAGAAGCCAUAGCACGCUUCAACUUUACAGGGGACACUGUGGUGGAAAUGUCAUUCAGAAAGGGAGAGAGAAUCACCCUGAUUCGCAGGGUUGAUGAGAACUGGUAUGAGGGCAAAGUCUCAGGCACCAAUCGCCAGGGUAUCUUUCCUGUCACCUACAUUGAGGUGCACAAACGACCCAGAGUCAAAAAUGGAUUAGAUUAUCCAGAUGCCCCCAUUGGCCAAUCACCUCAUCGCAGCCUCAACGCAUCGCCUCAGCUGAACCGUAUCCGUAACAAUCGGCUCACCACAUCCCCCAUGCCCUUACCCCGCUCCCCCCGCCGCUCCGUCUCCCCUGAGGUCCAGUCCAUCUCCUCUGAGUGGAUCUCCCUGACCAUCGGGGGGGCCAGCCCACCGUCGGCCCCCACCCCUCCUCUUCCCCCGCGCCCUUCUGAGGCUUACCGCUGGGGCGAGUACCUGCCCCCUUCCAUGUCGGCCAGCCCGCUGCCUUAUGUCUACAGCAGCCAGUACGGCGCCUCCCCCGGGGCUUCUCCCGGGGCCUCCCCCCUGCCGCCGCCCUACCCACCCCGCCCUGGCUCGGCCACCCCAUAUCUCACCUUCACCCCUCCCCAGGGGGAGGACUUCCUGCUCUCCCCUCCCUCUCCUCGGCUGUCCCGCAGCCUGAGCCCCUGCGGAGGGGCGGGCUUGGAGAGCUGGCUGACAGGAACCAGUCCCCUGAGCGUCCUGGAGAGGGAGUUGACGGAGAGGGGGGGGGGGGUGGUAGACAGGGGCAGUGGCCGCGAAGCCCUGGGCAACCAGCAAAACAGCCCAGCAGAGCUGGCGAAGAAUGAGAGCGACUACCAUGGAAGAACCUCCAGAAGCCCUGUCAUGUUGUUUGACAUUCAGGACAACAACGUCAACGCUAACUCAUUUGCGGAGGCAGUGUGUAAUGAGAUCAUAAAUAUAGCCGAGACCUCAGUGAGGUACUGCAGCAACCUCUCCCCGAACCCCCAUGACUCUGUCCUCCACGGGCUCCUGCCCCCCCUUCACCCCAGUAAAACAUCUCUCAUCAUUUCCCAGCAACCCCAGUCCCACAGCAGCAGCCCGGAGCCCAGCCGUCUCAGCUGUGGAAUUUUCCAGGCUUUGUACAGUUACGUGCCACAGAAUGAGGAUGAGCUAGAGCUGCAGGAGGGAGAUCUUGUCAGUGUCAUGGAGAAGUGUGAUGACGGCUGGUUUGUGGGUACCUCGAAGCGGACAAAACAGUUUGGCACUUUUCCCGGAAAUUAUGUUAAAGAGGUCAAAUUGUAACCUACCCCAUAAACAUUUCUAUUGUGGGGAGAACCUAGCUCUAACCCUCGGUUUCUUGUCUAGUGUUGGGAAAUCAUUACUAUUGCGCUUGGCUGUUUAAAAUUAGAAUAGUCAUUUAGCCUGGUGAAUAAGGUUGUCUGGUGUAAGUGAUCAGUUUGGUGUGAGGUAUGUUAAUGUGCAUGAGGCGAAGCCUGGAGAAGGCUAGCUGUUGACUCACUGCCCAAACAUCACAAGUGAUGUUUACAGUAGGCAAGCUAUCCAUAUCCUCCGUUGUACAUGAAUUUAUCAUACAAUAUUCUGACUAUGGAAGUCCUAAAAUAUGGGUGCACAUAUAUUGUAUAUACUAUUCUUGUACAGUAUAUGUAGUCAUUGAAAGUGUCAUUGUGAUUGUUAACCUACAAUAUAAAGUAGGUUUAAAGCACAGGUCCAUUUCUAUGGGGGGUCAGCAGCAUAAAAGUUAAUGGAUCAAGUGUGGAUCUUUUAACCUCUGUGUCGGAUCAGGAGGGCUCAAAUGGAUGGUUGUGGUUCAUUUCCUGGAGAAGUAAGAGCUUUUUUGGCUGAAGUAUUUUUGAUCAACGUUGAAUACAGAUACAUUUGAAGUUUGAAGACUCGCUAACGUUGUCUAGAAGACUCAUGUUUUUCUUAGGAAAACCUAGUUAUCAUUAGUGUCUGGUUGGACAUGCCAUGAAGAUAUCAGGCUAGUGUAUACUUGGACAGUGUUCAACAGACCAUAUUGGUUUAAUGUAUAAAAAAACAUUGGCCUCAGCUAACAUUUUGGAAACACAUUUGUAUGUGCCUGCUAUGUUGUAAAUCAUUGUGGAAUGGCUUUAUAGGUUUUGUUUGCUCAGAAUUCACUGAAAGCUAUAAAACUAUGUUUGUGACAAAGAAGGCUUGUAGUGUACUUAAAAUAGAUACAAAUUCAUACCUCAGUGUAGUCCAAAAGCUUCCAAUGCCAUUUUAGUAUUGCCUCUGCCUUCUAAGGUUUGUACUAUAAUUUGAGCAAGUACAUGUGCAUGAUAGAAAUCUGGAAAUGUUAAAACACAUUAGCUAAUGUUAGAAAACCUAUCUGUUCAUUGAAAGGUUUGAGUGCAAUAAUGAAGGCUGUCUGUGCUAUGUACAUACCUCAUGGAGAUCAUUUGAAUGAUGAGAGAGAUAGUGAGCAAAGGCUGUUUGUGAUCAAAAUGAAUGAGCAAAUGUAAUACAAUAUAGGGACCUAAUUUUUUACCUGUCAUCCUUUACAGCAUAUAUGUCCCUUAAAUUUAGAAGGAACAUUCUCUGUCUGAUCUUUGAUAAUGAAUGUUAGGUAGCUGGUUGCAUACUGCUAGCUUAGUUAGACUGUCCAGUGGAAACACAGGACAGGCGUGGUAAGUCACUCUUUUUAAAGCACUUAACUUUCAGCCCUGUGGUCAUUUCUGGACAUUUCUCCAACUAUAAUUGUAGGUUUGGGUUUUUAUUGCAAAACCAAUUCAUUCAUUCUCGCAAAAGUUAACUCUUGGUUUGAGUAACAGCUGAUUUGAAUUGAGAGCAUUAAAUGUUUUACAUUUGACAUAUUCCUGUAUUGUAGGAUACACAGGCCUUUUCGGAUAUUCGAUUGACUACAUAUUAACAUCAGUGUAUCAUGUAGAAUCACAUCUAAGAUUAUUAAGCUUAUGUAGAGCACAAAACUGUAUCGAUGCUAUCCUCGUUCCAAUGACACCUAGGUACUUCAAGAAAAUUAUUACAUAUCUCCAAACAGGAUUGCUCUCUGAAGGAAAAAUAUUGUGAAUUCUGAUAUCACAGUCAGGCACCAUGUACAAAAAUAUCAUGUUGCAAAAGUAAGAAUUGGAAUGCUUAAAAGCACCUGAGUAGUCUUCCUGGGAGGAAAAAGCUAAUUCUCUAAUAUUAAAGAUUAGCAAACUAGUAACAUCAGUGAAAACCUGGUGGAUUCAGUGAAAAAAGGAUGUCUACUUCUAACAAAUUCUUCCUUAGGCUUAUUAUGACUCAGCUGUUCUUCAGCAGUAGCCUAUAUUUUACAAGUGACAGUAGUCUUAGUUUACUUGUCAGCAGGAGAUUUGAGUUUGUAACGACAAUAAAAAGGAUCCUGAAAAGAGUACCCGUGUGUAAGACUAUCAACAUCAAACUACUAAUACUGUUUCAUCUUCACUAAAUCUUUGGGGGAUGAAGAUGAUGAAGAUGUUGACUAUUUGCUACUUAUCUGUAUUUCUCAACGUGACAAGAUUAGCUAAAGUAGUGCAGUGAUGAUUGGCAUUGACAAGAUACAUUGGUAUGGUUUGAAUCUAUUUAAAAGCACAAUCCAACCUGCAUACCUGCAUACAGAUUCAACACUAAUGUUGUUUGCUCCUUGGGGUUUAAGGCCGGGUGUCUCUGUAAAAGCACUUUGUGACAACUGCUGUUGUAAAAAGGGCUUUAUAAAUACAUUUGAUUGAUUGAUACAGAUCAUAGCCCUGGAGUAUUAGUAGUAUACCACAAAAUGUUGAGAUCCCUUAUUUUCUAUUAUAAAAUAAUUACCAAUUCAUUUGGAACAAGUAGUUAUUAGUCAUUCCUGUUGUAUUUCACAGCUUUCAGUUCAUCAGAAUUCAGGAGUUGAAUCCCACAGUUGAAAAUCAUUAAUAAUAUAUGCCUGUUUAUUCAACUGACUGCUGUUAAACUAUUUGUUUGUCGUUUACAUGAGUCCAUACAACAGCCAACUCAAGCUUGUUUAUUAUUUGCAGCCAACAUUGAUGAGAAUACACACUUAUAGUAUGUGGCAGUUGUUUUUAUCAAAUCAAUUACAUUAUACAAAUUUGCCUCUACAUAAUCAUGUGACUUUCAUUUUAGUAUAUUCUUAAAAUGUAGAGGUGUUGAAAAGAAAAGGUUAUUUGAAGAUUGGAUCUUCACAUUAACCCUUUUGCGAUACACUUAUAAUGAAAAACGUUUGUGGUUGAAUUUUGAGGGGGUAUAUUAUUCAAGGAGUUCUUUAAAAUAACUUUUUUUCUUUAAGAACUUCAUAGGAAUUGCCUUACAAUGUUGACUAUCUUGCAAUAUUUUUUUAUUUUCAGAGAGUAAUGUAUGGUGAUUCAUAUGUUUGCAAAUCAGUAUUUCCCUGCAGGGUCUGCUGUACAUAGCUGCCAUUACUUUUGUGUCUGAAGGAUAACUCAGUGGAUUUAUUGUGACUCAGCUGCGAGCUGUUAACCGCAUAGUAACCGUGUCCCCAGGCUAUUGGGCACAUCGCUAACAUGUCUGAGAAUGAAAUUAAACCUAUUCAGAUGCAGUAGAACACAAAGUGUUCUAUUUCAAUCUGUGGUUUCCCUAAUGCUAACACUUAGGCUAUAGCUAAUAUUACCAAUCUCCCAACACUGAGACAGUUACAUCCAAAGUUGAAACCAACUUCACAGAGUAAGGUCCAGCGACAACUUUACAAGGACUGAAUGACUUUGGCAACAAGAAAAUAACGCUUCUGUUGGUAGCAUAGACUCACAAGCCAGUGUAGAACGUUGAUGUGAUCAUGUGCUCCAUGCAACAUCGCAGGAUGUAUGAAUGUAUGGUUUUGGAGUACUGUAUACACCCAUUAUGUUUAAAGGCUCUGUGUUUUCAGCUUGUAAUAACAUGUAAACUAUUAAACAGCUUGGCACAAUUGUAAAUAUGUAUAAAAUAGAAGUAUGGAAUGUAAGUGAUGGCAAAAGUCACACAAAGCUCUAUCAGUUGUUCCAGUUUAAUUACCUGAAGGCCUUUUUUUGGACAAAGCACAGAGUGAAGUGUUAUUGAGCACAGACAGUGUCAUGCAUGAAGGAACAUUAGGCUGACAUUUUGUGAGAAUCGUAAUGCCUUAUGGCAGAUGCAAAUUGUGCCUCAUUUUAAUUUUCUUUUACUGACACAGAGUAGUAUCCAUAUGUCAUAUUUAAGGAUGUAACUUGUUUUUUUUCAAUAACUCUUUGUGUUGAGACAUGUACUAAGAACCCAAUAGUUAAUGUACCAGUACCUAGACUAAAGUGUGACACAUUGCUUCAAAUAAAUGAUUUAUAAUCAUAAGGAUGUGUUCUUUAGUUUGCCGAGAUGCACAGCCUGCAACAGGUUUUGUUUGUUUGCUUUGCAGUGCUGUUACAAAUGUCAAUACUAAAAUAAAGACAACACAAUUUACUGCUGUGAUUUCCAUAUUAUGCAAUAUUUAAUAAACUAUAUAAAGCAUU